AUGGACAAGCGUGGAUAUGUCUCUACUGUUGCAGCGGACGGAAGACCGCUGAUCAUCUAUUACAUCCACGAGGACAAAAAGAGAGUUAACGCUAUUCGGUCAGAAGUUCGAGUUCUUCAAGAAUUCGCAGCAGCUUGGACCAAGGGAGAAUUAGAUGUAAAUGGUAAACCACCAUUUCAAGAUGCGCAGACCUGUGAUCGGAUAGUUGUAACCGGGGGCGACCACGUUUCCACCAAUACACCUCAAGAAGCGAGGCAUCUCACAAUCUCUCCUGCUAGCGAAGCCUCAUGGGCGGCGGGAUGGGCAAGGUCAGGCAUUCAUGUCUAUUCCAUUGACAAUCAACUGGCUAUGGGCUACCGCGGAUGGCGAAGAGCUUCUAACUCCAGAAACCGUUUCCAAGGGGGGAUGAUAAAACAGCAUCUGCAGGAAGCCAUGAGCAACGCUCUUGUCAUCACUGAGGAAGCCGGAGAGCAGGAGAAGCCUUAG